AUGUCGGCAGACCGCCUUCCCGCCCCGUGCAGCGCGCUGCUGGCCUCGCUGCUGUCCACGUGCCGGCGUCCGCGUUGCCUCGCCAUGCCCCGAGUGACCGUGUUCUACCCGCUGCACGGCCGCCGCGUGGUCCUGCUCGGCCUGCGCGCCCGUCGCCGCCUCGCCCACUCGGACUCCCGCCACCAGCCCGCGUCGGGUGUGGAGAUCGCCGUGGGCCUGGUGGUGAUCUUCACGACCCUCCUGAUGCCAUCCGCCUGGGUGCUGCGCAACCUGCACCAGAACCCCAGCCAGUGA